GAUGACUUUAAAGAGUUGAAAACUGGUUUCUACUGAAACGAAAGUAUUGACAGCAAAGUUAAAUUCAGCUGAGGCCCUGGAGCACCUUCUGCUAAAUUUCUGACUGUAAUUGGUUACUUUAUUUCCCCUCUAUGUGAGACUUAAACAGCUCCAGUGCAAGGAAUGCAAACACACCUGUCAAUGUGAAGGGCGGACCCAGAGGAGGACUAGGUGUGCUGUCAUUUGUUUCAACCUGGUGUUAGGCCUCACACACACACACACACACACACUCACACACCGACCCAUUCAAGGAGAGGAUGGGCCUGUAGAGAGUACUUUUAACUUGAAGGAGCUGUAAGUAUUGAGAAGAUGAGGAGGAAAAGUUGGUAAGAAGAGGAAAAGAAAAACACACGGAGCAGCUAUGACGUUGAAGAGUCCCCUGGACCGGGUGAGAGGGGCUCUGAGAGGUCAGAGAGCACGGGAGAAGGACCUCCGCAACUUGGUGUCCAAUCUGCCUUAUGAGGGCUUGGGGAAGGCAAAGCAACCCAACCGCUACUUCCCUGACAACGCCAUCAAGACCACCAAAUACACCCUCCUCCUCUUCAUCCCCAUGAACCUCUUUGAGCAGUUUCACCGUCUGGCUAACAUCUACUUUGUGGGCCUGGCUAUUCUGAACUUUGUCCCCGAAGUGAACUCCUUUCAGCCAGAGCUAGCUCUGAUCCCCGUCUGUGUCAUCCUGUCUCUGUCGGCCCUGAAGGACGCCUGGGAGGACUUCAGGAGGUACCAGUCGGACAGGAAGCUCAACAACACGCCGUGCUUCAUCUAUAGCAGAAAGGAUAAAAGGUUCACAGAGAGCCGUUGGAAGGAUGUAGGAGUGGGUGAUUUUGUGAAGGUGGUUUGCAAUGAGAUCAUCCCUGCAGACCUGCUGCUCCUGCAUACAUCAGACCCCAAUGGUGUGUGUCACAUAGAUACAUCCAACCUGGAUGGAGAGACCAACCUGAAGCAGAGGAGGGCAAUGUCUGGCCUCUGCAUCUCAGAUCCUGAAUUUGAACCUGAAAGCUUCAACAGUGUUCUGGUGUGUGAAAAGCCUGACAACAAUCUCAAUCAUUUCAAGUGUUAUGUAGAGAAACCUGAUAAGGCCAAGGUGGGCGCUGGAAUAGAGAGUCUGCUGCUGCGAGGCUGCAAAAUGAGAAACACAGACCACGCUGUUGGCUUUGUGGUGUAUGCAGGCCAUGAAACCAAGUCCAUGCUCAACGACAACGGGCCAAGAUACAAGCGCAGCAAAUUAGAGCGGAAGCUGAACAUAGACGUCAUCUUCUGCGUCAUUCUUCUCCUCAGCAUGUGUCUCGUCGGAGCACUAGGUCACUUCUUAUGGCUGCAGGCGCUGCCCAGUGUGCCCCCUUACCUUGUCCCUGACAGCAACGGUCACCUGGACAGUCCCAGUCUGUCUGGCUUCUACACGUUCUUCACCAUGAUCAUCCUGCUGCAGGUCCUGAUUCCUAUCUCUCUCUAUAUAUCCAUUGAGUUGGUAAAGAUUGGUCAGAUCUACUUCAUCACCAAUGACAUCGAUCUGCACGAUGAUGAGACAGACCGACACGUGCAGUGUAAGGCCCUGAACAUCACAGAGGACCUGGGACAGAUUGAAUACAUCUUCUCCGACAAGACGGGGACCCUCACUGAGAACAAGAUGGUGUUUCGCAGAUGCUCCAUCAUGGGCACUGAGUACCCACACAAAGAGAAUGCCAUCCGCCUAGCUGUCCAUGCUGAACCAGAGUCAGGGGAGGAGGUCAUCUUCAACAAGCAGCCACAACCCCCACAGACUGGAUGGUCCCUGGACACUGAGGGCACCGACCCUGACGACACGCCACGUCACCGGCUCAAGAGCAAGGUCAAGGGAAAUGCCCAGAGCGAUGUGGCCUUCAGCAGUCCGCUGGAAACUGAGGUGAUUCCAGACAGGAAGCUGCUUCAGCAGACUAGUAGGGCAGGGAGCAGCCGCGGCAGCCGGAAGACAGAUCCGUACCUGGACUUCUUUCUGGGCCUCGCCAUUUGCAACACGGUGGUGGUUUCCAUGGCAACAGCUCAGAGACAGAGGGUGAGUGGGUUUCCGCACUCUGGUCAGGAAAACAACUCACAGGAUACUUUGACAGAGUCUGUCUCUCUUCGCCAUAUUUUCACCUUCUCGCGGUGCAAGCCUAGAAAUCGCACCAUAUUAGAGGACUCAGUUGUAGAGGAGGACUAUUUUAACCCCCCUGUAACAAAAGAGGAGGCUGGAGACACCAACGGGCUCCAAAUGUGUUCGCUCCAUGCUCCGUCCGACAAGACCUCAGAUAAUCUGAGCUAUGAGGCAGAGAGUCCAGAUGAGGCAGCCCUGGUGUACGCAGCCAAGGCAUAUGGCUUCACCCUGCUGGACCGCACCCCUGACAGUGUGACGGUGAGGCUCCCGUCUGGCGAGGAUCUGGUGUUUGAGGUGCUGGACACCUUGAACUUUGACUCCAACAGGAAGAGAAUGUCUGUUUUAGUGCGACACCCAAUCACCAAAGAGAAUGUGUUGUACAGUAAAGGUGCAGACUACGCCAUCAUGGAGCUACUCGAACAUCUCAGUGGGAAGCAGAAGAAUAUGGCAGCAUGUACUCAGCAUCACCUCAACUGCUACGCUAAAGACGGGCUACGUACACUUUGCUUUACAAAGAAGAUUGUGAGUGACAAGGCGUAUGAAAGCUGGUCAGUGAACAGACAGAGAGCUCUGGCUGCUAUUGACAACAGAGAGGAGCUUGUUAUGGACACUGCAGUGCAGCUAGAGACAGGCCUCUCCCUGCUCGGGGCGACGGGCAUUGAGGACCGUCUUCAGGAGAGCGUCCCAGACACCAUCGUGGCACUGCGGGAGGCAGGGAUCCAGGUGUGGGUGCUGACUGGUGACAAGCUGGAGACAGCUGUCAACAUCGGCUAUGCCUGCAGGCUACUGGAAGAGGAAGACCUGUUGAUUAACAUGAGCUGCAAAAACAAGCUCGAGUGCACAUCCAUCUUAGACUGCACACUGGAAGAGGUAAGGAGGUACAGCGAGGACCCUCGCAAUGUGGAUACAACCCAAGACAUCUCUCUAGUGAUCGACGGACGCAGUCUGACCAUGGCUCUGUCGUCAGACCUGCAGGACCGCUUUGUAGACCUGGCGAAGCGCUGCCGCUCUGUGCUCUGCUGUAGAGCCACGCCCUCACAGAAGAGCAGAGUGGUGAAGGUGGUCAGGGACAAACUCAAGGUCUUGACCCUUGCUGUUGGUGAUGGUGCAAAUGAUGUCAACAUGAUCCAAGCAGCGGAUAUCGGCAUCGGGCUAUCCGGUCAGGACGGCAUGCAGGCGGUCAUGGCGAGUGAUUUCGCUAUAUCUCGCUUCAAACACCUGAAAAAACUUCUCCUGGUUCACGGACACUGGUGCUACACUCGACUUGCCAACAUGAUCAUUUUCUUCUUCUAUAAGAACGUGGCCUACGUGAAUCUGCUGUUCUGGUAUCAGUUCCUCUGCGGCUUCUCUGGCACUGCCAUGAUCGACUACUGGCUGAUGAUUUUCUUUAACCUCUUCUUCACCUCGGUACCGCCCAUCAUGUUUGGGAUUAUGGACAAAGAUGUGUCUGCGGAGAUGCUGCUGGGUGUUCCUGAACUGUACAGGACCGGACAGGGUGCAGGGGUAUACACGUUUUCAACUUUCUGGAUCUCCAUGCUCGAUGCCUUCUAUCAGAGUCUGGUGUGCUUCUUUAUUCCAUAUUUGGCUUACCAGGAUUCAGACAUUGAUGUUUUUACCUUUGGAACUCCUUUGAACACAAUUUCUUUAUUUACCAUCCUGCUGCAUCUGUCAAUAGAGAUCAAAGCCUGGACGGUGGUUCAUUGGGUAAUCAUGCUGGGCAGUGUGGCAUUGUACUUCAUAGUGACGCUUGCCUACAGCGCCAUCUGUGUCACCUGUAACCCUCCGUCCAACCCGUACUGGAUCCUCCAGAGCCAGAUGGCCGACCCCAUGUUUUACCUUAUCUGCAUCAUCACCACUGUGGUGGCUCUGAUGCCCAGGUACAUGUUUCAUGUGCUGAAGAACUCUAUCGCCCCCUCCCCGCUUGUGCAAGCCAGGCAUCUGGACCGGCUGGACCCCUUCACGCGGGACGAGUGGAUGAAGGAGUGGAGGAGCUUCAGGAGCGCGAGCCGGGUCAAACGCUCCAGGUUGUCUACCCCACCCUCUCCCACCCUGGAGACCCCUGCGGAGAUUUAUCCCCAGUCUGUCACCCCCUCUGAUGUCAUGUAGGAUGAAUUCCCACUGAAUGUCAUGACAAAAAACGAUCAGAGGCCUGUAAACACACGAGAAACAGACUCGUUGGCAACUUGAAGGAAUAAGAUGAUUGUUUAUUCAGUAAAUGGUAAAUAUUCCUCAUGAUUGGAUGUAUUCUAGUGUGUUUUCAUUUUUGGGGAAAUACUCUUCUUCUUGGACAAAUCAUCGAUUGGGGUGAUGAGUGAGUAAAAGUAUGUAUGCCCUCUCCUCCUUACCCUCCUCAUAACAAGCUGCCAUAGUGAACACAUAAGCCUGUUACUUUCCUGAUGGGUUUUCCGAGCACAGUGGUAACCCACUUAGUCAUGCCACCCACCCCUCCAAAACGUGGCACUUUUCCAGAACAAAAUGCUUAGCUUGUUUAAUAUAUUCCUCUCAGAUACCCUAAACAGUCACAAUGCAUCCUGUCACUGAGGCGAACACACGUGUGUGCUUUACAGAUUCUGGCUGUUUAGAAAAAUGUAUGUUUUUAUACUGUAGGCUGGGCCUGUGACUGGUUGUGUGAAUCUUUUUGUAUCUGUAAAUUUUGCUAUGAAAAUACACUAAGAACAAUUAAAUUGUGU